AUGGCCGAGCCCGAGGCCCCCCCUCCGCGGUGGGGUGCUGAUCAUCCUCCGCAGCGGGAUGAGCCCAUGCUACUUGAUGCGCCUGAGCCGGCGGCGGUGACCGCCACCGCCGCUGCCGGGUUGGGAUCUUUGGCCGACUCGCCGGUGGCCGUGCAGGCCGGCCGCCUGCUGCAGGAGCUCCACCUGGCGGUGCAGCCUCUGUCGACCCUCUCCUCGACCGAUCGCGGGCUCCUGGCCCAGGAGCUGCUCCAGCUGGCCGUGUCGACCUCCGACGAGCAGUCCAUCUCCCACCUUUUUUCGGUGCUCUUUGCCCUGGAGCCGGACUCCGUGGACCGAGGGCCCUGGGUGGACAGCUCGCCCGAGCAGGGUCCCCUUGCGGAUUCGACCAACCUGACAGAUCUGGCCCCGCUCUCGGCCCUGACUGGGGCGCCCCUGUCCAGCGCUGCCCGAGGGGAGGCCGGCUUGUCCGGGCCCCCGGCACGUGCGGGCCACUGUGCGACCACCCCUGCUCGCCGGGUAUCUCUCUUCAGCCUGCUCCUGCCGCCGAUCGUGCCGGGCGUGGGGGUGGCCCCGGCCCCCGGAGGCACGGGCGGCAUGUCCUCCGCCCGCUACAUGUCCCCCCUGGACAGCCACUUCCCGACCCUCUUCCAGAUCGUGUCGCACUGUGUCCUGGCCCACCCGGCCCGGAUCCGGCCCUUCGCCGGGCACAUUGUUUCCGUUUGCAAGCGUGCCUUCCUCCGGCACAAGGCGUCCUCUCGGGCACAGGCCGCCGCCCUGGAGCCCCUGGCCGCCCUGGUGCGUGCAAGUGCCUUUUUCUCGGCCGGACCGGCGGUCAGCCCGGGCCGUCGGCCGGCCGGUGCCCGGCACCUGGGGGAUUUCCCCACCCUGCACAAUGUCAUGGACUUCGACCAGGAUGAUGCUCUGGGUGUGCUGCCCAUGGAUGAACGCGAUGCCAGCCUCUCGCUGGCCCUCAACGCGCCGGUGCUCUUUGAAGAGCUUCGCGCGCAUCUUUUCCAGGCGGCCGCCUCGCUGGCCGCCGGGCCGCUGGCCAAUUUACUGCGAUUGCUGGGCCUGCUGGUGCGCUAUCACUCGGAUCCGGUGCUCUGUCGUGCGCCCCUGUCCGAGAGCUCGGGGCCCCCGGUGCCGGGGUAUGCGCUCGGCUUCCCGACGCCCGGCAUCGAGGCCCUGGUCCGACGAGCCAUCAACGCCAUUGAUGAGGAAAUCUCCAAGCGCACGCCUCUACAUGCCAUCAUCGUGGCCUCGCUGUGUUGUUUGGAUCACAUUCUGUGUGUGCAUUCGGACCUGGUGCGCGAGCUGGCGCCCUUCAUGCGGUCGCGGCGGAAUCCAUCAGCCGCCGCCGCCGCCGCCGCCGCCGCCGCCGCCGCCACUUCUGCGGCCGGCUCUCCGGACGACUUGCACAGCCUGGAGGCAGCGCUGGACUUGGCCGAUGCACGGGCGUGGGCCGGCGACAGCCCGGCCGGCCCGGCCAUGGUGCACUGCGUGGAGGAGCUCUUCGAGGUGGUGGUCCGCAUCCUUGUGCACUAUGUGACUCUGACCACGGAGCCAGGGGCCCCGGGCCGGUCCCGCGUCGGCCGGGCCGCCGGCGGCAGCGCCCUGCGCCUGGAUCUCCUGUGUGCCGCGCUUGGCAUCCUGGCCCGCCACAGCCAUGCCCUCUUUGGGGAUCUGCUCCUGCGGGCGGAAAGCCCCAGGACCCAUGCCGCGGUGAAGGAUGAGCCCCAGGCGGCGCCGGAUGCCGCCGGCACCGGGCGCAUUGUCCACCUGCACCGGCUGCUGCUGGAGCACUUUGUGGUUCGGCAUCCGAAUGCGCGUGUCCGCCAGUUGGCCUCGGCGGCCCUGGCCUCCUGCCUGGCCGAGGCCGGGUGUCGGCUUGGGCGCUCGGCCGGCACCUUCGCCUCGGACAUCGCGGUGUACCGGGUUCUGAUCACCGGGUUCUCGGAGCUCCUGGAAAACCAGGCCUCCUCCGUGCGGCUCAUUUGCGUGGCCCUCAGCGGCUUUGGCUACCUGGCCGAGGCGUCGGUCCGGCUGCUUCCUCACCGUGGCGACUUGCGUGCCAUCGUACGAGCCAGUCUCAGCAAGGUGGAGCAAAUAUUCUUCAGCGGCGGCCAGUUGGCCACCGGGCCGGAGGACGACCCGGCCGGCCAGCCGCACGGCCCUGGCCCAGGAUCUGGCGCCACGUCGGCCCUCAGUGGGUGGCUCAAUUCCCGGGACCGGUACUCCGGGGAUUUGGCCCCCUUCGCCGGGGAGUGUCUGGCGGCCCUUGGUCGCCUGCAGCGGCCGCUGCGCUUCGAGCCGGCGCCGACGGCCCCCGGCGGGCCUGGUGCCGGGCCUGGCGAGGACGCUCUGCUUGCGGGGCGCCUGCUGUCUGCCUCGGCCAAGCUGGCCCUGGUGGUGGUGACGCACCAAUUGUCCCUGGCCCGGGCCGGGCGCAUCGCCUCGGCCCUGAGUCUGGCGGAAUUCCUGCACCACUUGCUGCAUGGGUCUCUGCCGGGGGACCUGGUGCCGCCGGUCCCCGGGGCCGAUGUGGCAGCCGGGGCGCCGGCCGCCCCGGAGUGCCCGGAUGCGGGGGCCGCCUCGCGGCUUGUCGGCACGCGUGUGGAGGAAUUUGCCUCCUUCAGCCGACGUGUGUGCGAGGACUCCCUGAGCUGCACGCGCGCUCCGCUGGCCAUCCUGGCCCGGCGGCUUGGGCCGGCGGCGCACUUGUCGGCCGCUCGGCUCGGGGCCUCAUCCGACGAAGGGGCCCCGGGCGCGGCCACCGAUGGGCACAUCGAUGGUGCGAUGCGCGAUGCCUCGGCCGAGCGCCACUACGCCCCCUUCUGGGGGCUGCUCUUUGCCGGGCCGCCCCGCUUGCGAUUUGGCUCCCUGGCUCCGGCCAGCGUGGUGGACCUGCUGUGGGAUGUCACCGCGCGGUGCCUCUUCGACCGGUAUUGCCGGUCGCUGGCCGAUGCCUUCGAGGGUCUCCUGCGUGGGGGCCCCGGCGAUGCGGCUUCGACUCCGGGCUCGGCCCACCAGCGCGAGCUGCGUGCCCUGUCGGCGCACGCCCGGCUGGUGGCCCCCCAGCUGGCUCUUUCGGGUGCCGGGUGGGACACGGUGCAGAUGGUCUCCCUGCCGGCGGGCCUGUGCCAAGAGAUUUUCCCCCCGGGCGAGGCGACUCUGCGCCUGGAAGCGCCGCUGAAUGCCCACCUGCCGCGGCUCGUGCGCACGCUGCUGCCGCUCGGCCUUUUGCCCGACCAUUUGGCCCUCCUGGACGACCAGGCGGCUGGGUGCGAUCCGCCUCCCCGGCCGCUGGACCCCCUGUCCGCGGGGCCGUCUGGUGACGACCUUCCGCAAGGCAAGUUCCUGCCGCAAGUGGGCGGCCCUGCCGUGUUGCGUGUGCCGCACGCCUCGGCGGCCGAUGCGCUGGGAGACCUGCUCCCGGAAACGGGGCGCGUAUUGGCGGCGCUGGUCCUGCGCGCCGGGUCCCUGACCGGCUACUUCCCGGCGAGCCGCUCCGAGGCCGAGGGCGCCGGUGGCUCGGUCUGCUUGGGCUGCGCCUGUUCGGUGUCCUCGCCGACUCGGAGCCAUGUGCUGGCCAGCUGCUCGGCCUCGCGGCCAUCGGCCGGGGGGCCAUGCCCGAGUGGGUCCUGCUUGGCCGACCGCGCGGCCACGCUCUGGCUGCUGCGCUUUGCGGUCUUCUCCGCGCAGCGGCGCAUGCUCCAGGCAUUGUCCGCCUCGGCCGAGGGGCCGCCAUUGUCGGAUGCCCGGGCGGGCGCGCCGGACGCUGGCGGGCCGCGCCAGCAGCACGCGGCCCAGGCCCCGGAGGCCGGCUCUCGGCCAAGCCCCUUGCAGCUUCGGCUGCAGUCGGCACGCGCGUGCGUCGAGCUGGUGCUGGCCAUCCCCUGCGCAAGUGCGCUGCUUGCCCCGGGGCCCGGGCCGGGCCAUCCGGGUCACCUUGUCGGGGAGCCGGGCGAUGGCCACCGGGACUCCCCGCAGCAGCUGGCCGACCGCCUGGAGGCGGCCAUGGUGGACGCCGUGUGUGUGGCCCUCGAUGUGGCCAUUCUGACCCAGCUGUCGGCCGACGGCGCGGUCCUGGCCUCGCGCGCGCUCGACGCCCUCGAGGCAUGGGUUGAUCAGGCAACCGGGGCGGGGCAGCCGGGCUCCGAUGCGGCAGUCCCGCAGCGCAAGCUGGCCGCUGCGCUGCCGCACUUGCGCGACUUCUUGACCCUGUCGGCCGAGCACUUCCGCACCCGGCCUGGUGUCGGGACCGGGUCCCUGGAGGCUCUUGUCCGGCGAAUUGUUCGCCUGAUCGGGCGCCUUGGCGGGGCGGCCACUUGGGGCUUCUUCCGGGCGGCCGACGCCGGGCUCGGGGCCACGUCCGGCCUGGGGGCCCCGGCACAGUGGCCCGGUGGCCCGCAUGGGGCCACUGUCGGGAGCCUGGCCUCGCUGCCCUUCGGCACCCACGCCGCCGGGGGCCCUGGGCGCGGUGUUUCCCUGGCCCGCCAGCGCUCCGCCGGGGAUACGCUCGCCGGGGUGGGGGACCUUUCCUCCUUCAGCUCCUUCGCGUCCAUUGGACCGGCCGCGGCGGCCGCCGGGCCGACUUCCUCCCUGUCAUCGGCGGCAUUGAAUGUCGGGCACUUGCUCUCGGAGCGCCUUUGGCCCGGGGGCCGGAGCCGGGCAAAUGGCCCGCCGGCCGGUGGCCCGGCCGGCCUGGGGCCGGCCAUGACCGGCCACCCCCUUUCACGGCUGGCCUUGUCCCUGGUGUCCGGGGGGGACCACUUGGCCGAUGCCGGGCCCGGGGCCGAGCACCUGCCGGGGCCUGUCCUGCCGGCCGGGGCCGAGGUGGCCGGGGCCCUGCGCGACCGGCCUCUCGAGGACUGGCAUGCGGCCGGCGGCCGGAUGCUGCUGGUGCUGCCCGUGGCCGAGACCGCCGGCAUGCUCCCUCUACGGGUGGACCUUUCGCGGCCGAGGGUGCUGGCGUCCAUUUGCCACUUCGACCCGGAUGAGGGCACCGGCGGGCCGGGAGCUCGCACGUUCGCCCUGCGCCGGCGCCUGGUCCUGGGCCUGACGCGCUUGACUCUGGCCGCUGACCGGGUCCUGACGAUGGAGCUGCUCGGCAGUGCCACGGGCGCCGCGGCCCCGCGGGCCAAGCGGCGCCGCACCGGCGAGACCGCCUCGCCGGACCUGCCCGAGGCCGAGGCCGAUGCCGAUGCCAGCUUGGAUGCGGCCCGGCGCCAGGUGGCCGGCUUUGCCGGCCGGCCAACAUGGCAUGCGGGCCUUUGGGCGCGGCUUCUCCCGGCGCUGGCCUACCUGGCCGCUCACUCGCCCCACCAGGCCGACGACCGGGCCCUCUUCCUGGAGGUGCUGGCCUUGCUGGCCUCGCCGGCGACGGAGUCCGGCCCUGCUGCCGCCGCCGCCGCCGCCGCCGCCGCCGCAGAUGCUGGUCCCUUGGCCGACCGCGAGAGCGGCCCCCUCUGCCAGCUGGAUCCCCAGCUGGGGGACCGGCGCCUGGCCGGGAGGGUGUCCCUCGCGGCCGGCAUGGCACCCGGCCACCGGAAGCGCCUGCACGCCGAGGCCGACACCGGGGCCGAGCCCCACACGGACGCGGGCCCGGCUGCGGGCGGCCUGUUGAUUGGCCAGCCGGCGGCCGACUGCUCCCAUGCCUGGGAUCGGGCCCUGCCGGACUUGCUGGGCCUAUCGGCGGCCGAGGCCUUCGACCAGGGGGCGGACCACCUGCAGCGGCCCCAGCCACCCGGCGAGUGGGCGGCCCUCCUGGCCGGCGUCCCCUCGGCACCCGGCGCGCGCUUGGUCAAUGCCCCCGACGGCCGGGUCCCCUCGCGGGUCGAUGGUGCGCAGCUUGUCCGGUCGUGCCUGCUGUCAUUGGCCCGCGCGCCGGCGCGGUAUUUGGGCCGCGCGGCCGACGACACCGACCAGGAGCCUGCCGAUGGCAUGCUGGCCGAGGGGGACUUCCGGCUGGGCGAUCGCCUGGCCCAGGUCCAGCAGCUGGCCUGCCGGGCACUGGGAACCGUGUUCGCCCGGUCGGUGGCCAGCUCCGAUGCCGGUGCCUUUGUUCGGGUGAUGCUCUCGUCCGGCGAUGGGGCCCCCGACUUCGAUCUCUCCGGGCGCACUGUGGAGUUUGUCUUCCAGCUGCUCAAUCACAGCGCGCACCCGGCCCCGGCUCGCCGAAAUGCCGCCCUGUCGGCCCUCUCGCACCUGGCCGGUGUGGUGGAGGCGGCCUUCCUCCCAUGGGGCCCGGGGGUCCAACUGGAGGCCCUGGCCUCGAAGGCGCCCUGCGGCAUGGUCCCGAGGACCUCCGGCACUUCCCGGGCCUCGCUCUUCGAGAGCAUGGUGCUCGACGAGGCGCCCCCCGUGGCCGAGCAGUCGGCCCACCUGCCGGCGGCCGUCUGGCUGGCGGACCUGCUUCGGGCCCUGGAGGCCUUGUAUGGGGAUGCGGCGCGGGAUGUCCUCCCGGCGGCCGACGGCUCGGCCGAGACGGCCUUCCGGCGCUUUGUCCAGCCCCAGCGUGUUCAGUGGCUGGUUCUCCUGACCCUGGCUCUGCGCCAGGUGCUGGCUCUGAGCUUCGGUCUUGCCGUCGGUGACGGCUCGGAAGCCGGCAGCCCAGAUUCUUCGGCCGAGCUUCUCCACGACCCGGCCCGUCAGCUGGCUGGUGCGCUGUGCGCGCUCCUCCAUCUCGGGGUGCUGGCCGGCGACGAUCCGGCAGCCGACUUGCGCCGGGACUCCCUGCUCCCUGAUGCGGCGCCCGGGCCACUCAAUCAGCACACGGUCGGCUUGCUCCUGGCCCGGUCCACCUGCCCCGGGGAUCUGAUCCGCCUGCUGGGCGCGCUGGCCGUCGGGUCGGGGCCCCUGCCAACGCGGACGGCCCAGGGCCCCGGCGCCCAGGAUGCCGAUCCGCUGGCCGCUCCCCGCGGCCUGGCGCGGGCUGUCCUCGCGGUUCUCGGGGCUGGCGGUCCGGGCUCCCCGGUGGCCGAGCCUCUGGGGGCCAUUCUGACGCAUGACCUCUCGGCCCUGGUCGGGGGCCGGCCCUUUGCCGAGUACUCCGAUUCCCUGGCCUGGUGCCUGUCGGUCGGGCUGCUGGAGUUCCCCGCACCAGGAUGUGUCCUCGGCACUUGUGGCCCUUUGGCAGGCGAGUCGGGAUUGCUGCUGACCACGGCCCCCUGCACGCCGGGGGUGCCCUGGCCGGCGCGCCUGCCCGCCCUGCUGGACUUCGACCACCCCCACCAAGCCCCGCUGGCCCUGGAUCGCCUGCUGUCUGAGGCCCUGCCGGACUUCGACCAGCCCUCUGGGCCUGCAUUGGUGGACUUCCACCGUGCUCUCAGGCUCCCGGCACCGGCGGUCGCUUUGAUGGUGGAGCUUCUGGGCUUCAUCCAUGCGCAGGCCGCCUGUCCGCCCCGCGACCCGAGCCAGGUGGCAGGAUCUCCGGACAUCGACACAUCGCCCCUGGCCCGGGUUGCCUUCUUCCUGACGGGGCACCUCCUCGGGCACCUGUGGCUCGAGCUCGGGCCGAGUGCCGGCUCGGCCGGCGAGGCAAACGACCCGCUGGAGCAUUGGUGCACCGCCGCCGGGCGGCUGCCGGCCCUCGGCCGCUUGCGGUCUUGUGCUCAAUGCGACCGGGGCCCGGGGCCUGGGGCGUCGGAAAGUCCCCCCCUCCCACCGGUGUUGGUGGCACUGGUUCAGUCAUGCCGCGCCGGCUCUGGGCCCUGGCGCCACGGUGUGCAACAGGCCUUCGCCACUUUUGUCAGCCUGGCCGAGGGGGCCCAUCCGACCCCGGGCCGGGGCCUGCUGCCUCGCCAAGGGCUUGUCUUGCUGGGCCUGUCGGCGCUGACGCGGCUCCCUGGGCGGCCGCUGGGGUACCUGCUGGCUUCGCCCACCGCCAGGCAGGUGGACUUCCUGGCCCGGCAUGUGGCCCGGUUCCUGCUGUCCACCCUGCCGGCGGACGUUCCCCGGGCCAAUGUGCCGGGGCUGCUGUUUGCAUGCUGCCGGCUGUCGGCCGCCGCGGCGGAUGACCUCUGCCAGGCGGUCUUCGGGGCGGCCCUCGACGGGAGCCCGGCCGGCAUGGGCUCGAGGGCCGGCCUGCCGGCGGACCCCCUGCUCCUGGGCGAUCUCUAUCAAUCGGUGCACCUGGCCACGGCCCGCGAGGCGGGGGCCUUGGGCGCCAAUUGGGCCGACCCCGGGUCGCUCGGGGCCGGGGAGCUGGGCCUCCACCGGCCCGCUGGCGAGACUCGCCAGUGCGACCUGCCCAACGUGCGAGCUCGCCGCGUGCCCGCUGACCGUGUCCGAGCCGACGUGGCCCUUGAUCCGGACACCCUGGCCAAUUGCUUUGCCCUGAUGCCGGAUCUCCUGUUGGACCUGCUUGCGGGCGCGUCGCUCGGGGCCGCGGCUCCCAUUUGUGGGCUUCCCCCCGGGCUGGGCAGCGCCUCGGGGCCCUGGAGCGCUGGCCUCUCCCUGCCGGGGUCCCUCGAGAGCCUCGGCGACCCGGCCCCCCCGGUCGAUGUCGGCCGGCAGCGCCUCCUGCAUGUGGCCCGCCUGCUGGUCGAGCGAUCGAUCGGUCAGCCGGCCAGCCCCGCCGCAGGCCGGCUGCUUCUGGCGCUGAAUCGCCUGCGGUUUGCCGGGCUCGUCAGCAGCCUUGCGCCCAUCGGUGCCAGCCUGGCCGACCGAGUCCGCCUCUUGCGGCAAGUGUCGCUCCUUCGGGACGGCCAGGCACUUGCCGGCGCAGAUGCCGGUGCCGAUGCCCCCUGGACGCGUGGUCUUCUGUGUGGCUCGGAAGCCAGCGUCGGGGCGUGGGACUCGGCUCCGACGGCUUUCCGGCCGUGCGAGUGCCCCGGCCUGCCCGGGUGCCAGGCAGGCCUCUGCCAAUGCUGGGUGGCCCUGUCGGUGGACAUGUACCGUGGCUUGCUGCUGCUGGCGGUGAAUCCGGCGUCCUAUGCGCCUGGUGGGACACUUCCCGGGCUGGGAUUCGCCGCUCCCCCGGCCGCGGUGUCGCCGUCGGAUCUGCUUGAGCUCUUGGACAUUCUGCCGCUUUUCCUUCGCCUGUCGGAGGAGGCGCCGGCCGGCCGGGCGGCCCCCCCGGGGGUGGAAUUCCCCCGGCCGGAGCACUGGCUGCCGGUCCUUGCACAGGUGGCCCGCUUUGCCUUGGGCUCGCUCUUCGCCAGCGUGGCGGACCUGGUGCGCGGAAGCCCCGGGGUGGUGCGCGGCCAGGUGGGCCACUGCCUGGAGGCGGCCAUGCGGCUUGCGACCCCGCUGCCCGGGGCCCUCGUCCCCCCGCUGGCCGGCGAUCCCUACCCCUCGGCCGUGGCGGCGGACGGGCCAGGCCCCCUCGCCGACAUGCUGGCCUUCCAGCACUGGCAGAGCCCCUUCCACAAUAACUUCCCGCUUCAGCGUGGGGUCAUUGACCGGCUGUGUCGAUGCGCGAUCGAGCUGGGCAGCAGCCUGCCACUGGUGCCGCUGGUGCCGCUGCUUCUGCACCCGCCGCUCUUCCGCCACGGAUCGCUGCAGGAACUGGCCGCCUCGCUGGACCUGCUUCAUCUGUCCGAGGGCGAUCCCACGUCGCUGGACGCCGAGGCCUUCCGGCAGCUGGUCCUGAUGCUGGCGUUGCGCGGAGCCCGGGCCACCCUCGGGGCCCUGCGGGCGGUGGCGCGGCAUCCGGACGCCCGAGCCGCCGACCGGGCCCGCGUGCUGGCCGCCCUGGCCCGGAGUGUCUUCGAUGACCCCUUUGCCCCGCCGGUGGUCAUCUUCAAUGCCGGCGAAGCGCUCAUUCGCUUCCUGCACCUGCUGCCCUUGGCCCACUUUGGCCCGGCAAUCGCGGCCCGACCGGUGACCGCCCUGAUCUCGGCCCCGGCCUUGUCGCUCUUGGAGAGCUGCAUUCUCCUGCUGGCCGGUAGCCAGAGCGCCGGCCAGUCGGCCGACGCACAUGCCGCGCGACGAACCUUCGUCCUCAAGCUCCUGGGGCUGGUCUAUGCCCGUCUUUCCGUGCACUCCAUCGGCCAGCUGGUACUUGGCAGCAGCACCAUCUGCGGGGCCAUCCGCCAUUCACGGCCGGAGGGCCCCUCCGCCGGCUCAAACCUGGGCAUCCAUUCGGCCGACGCCUGUCGCAGUCUCAACAUGUGGCUCAUCCGCCUGGUGCAUGGCCUGCGCGACAGCCCGCCGACCCCGUCCCCGUGGGAGCGUGGUGCUCGGGCGGCCGGCGCCUCGGCGCUUUCCUUUUGCCUGGCCCGCACGCAGCGCCAGCUGAAGCACUUUUCGAACUUCCUCUUUGCCCCACAUCGGGGCGCCUUCAUGUGGGGGCAGGUUUUACCGGCGGAGUCGCUGCUGCCGGCGCUGCUGCCGGCCACCGUCCGGCUGCCUGCUGCCCCAGGCCGCCACGAUCCCCGCACCACGGCCGAAGAGGACGACGAGGAGGAGGCCCCUGGCCAGCCGCUUGCCGGCAUGGCUGAUGGCCGCCCGGCGGACAUGGAGGACGACUGGUCCUGGCCCUCGCCGCGGCCGCCGGCCGGGCCUCUCGCCGCCCCGGCCCCCGCCGAGGAACUCCCCGCCGAGCAGGCCCCAGCCGGCAAUGAUUGGCCGCUCGUCGCCGACGCCCUGGACCUGGACGAGGGCGAGCCCGAUGGAUUGCUGGUGCUUACCACUGUGGCGGCCUUCGACGCUGUGGACCGGCAGCCGGCCAUGGCCGGGGUUGUCCGAGCGGUGGUCACCGCUUGCCGGCUGACCCCGGGGCCGGAGGCCGCCGAUGCCCCGCCGCCUGCCUGGCUGUGCCAGCUGCUGGCGGCCUUUGCCGCGCCCGGCGAGUCCCCGAGCGCCAAGCUCUUCCUUGCCAAGGUCCUGUGCCAUGCGGGCUCCUUCCUGUCGCCCUAUGCGUCGUACAUCUGGCCGGUGAUCGUGCGCUUUGUGCUGGAGGCCUUCCCGGCAGGCGGGUGCUCCGCGGCCGGGCCCGAGGGCCCCCCACCGCCCCGGCUGAAUUCCGCCACCUAUGACCUGGCCUUGCAGGUGCUUGCCUGGUCGCUGCAGGAUGACUACCCCGGCCAGCCGGAGCCGCCGGAUGCCGGGCUGCUCAAGUCCCGCUUUGUCACCUGGCUGCUCCAUGCCUGCGAUGAGGUGGUCCCCGGGUCGGCGGCGCGGCACGAGCUCCGCGGCCGUGCUCAGCUCAUCCAAGAGUUCGUCCGGCUCUGGUGUCCGAAGGUGGCGCAGCCCGGCCUCGCCACGGCCGAGCGCCUUCCCCUGCGCUCGGUCCAUCCGCACUUUUUGCUCGGGCUCCUGCGGCCCCCGAGCCUGGACCCCCCCAGGGCGGAUGACGACCCGUCGGCAGUCGUGCCACGCGUUUCGGCCGAUUUCGACCCGCUCUCCGGCCCGGCGGGAAGCUCCUUCGUGCAUAACCGGCUCCUGACUGGGGCCGAUCUCUUCCUGAUGCUGAUCGACCACCGAGUCACCUUCGAUUUGGAUCACACCGGUGCAGAUGGCGAGCCCUCCUACAGUGCCGACCACCUGUUUGCCUUGCUGUGUGCACCACUCGCAUCGAACGCCGUGCAGCUGGUGGAUCCCAGCCGCGGGACGACCCCUCUCACCAUCGCCGGCCUGGGCACGGCCGAGCGCGCCGCCAGCCACAUCGCGCGCGUGUUGGGGCAGUGCAUGGACCUCCUGAGUCGACUGCGGAGCCCGGCACACAACCUCCCCCCGACCGAUGGGGGCAUGACUCUUCCAAUGGCGCAGGCCUACUUUGCGGCACUGCGUCGCCAAAUCCAACCCAAGCUGCAAUUCCUCGGCGCCCUAUUCAAUGAUCGCCUGGCCGGUGGAACGGCAUCUGCCCCGGGGGAUGGCGCCCCCUCGGCCGCGGAAACCCUCCGCCUGCCGGUGGUUCUUCAGCACCUGGCGAUGUCCUUCCCGCCGGCUUCCCGGCCGCUGAUGUCCACGCUUUUCCACCACUUCCCGCGCGUUGUCCGCGGUGUGUCCUCCCUGACCCAGCUCAUCCGGCCGAUGCUGCAAGUGUUCCUGAGCUUCGCGCGGCUGGACCCACCGGCCGGAGCCCCGGGGCCCUGCGCCGCCGAGCUGGCCGGGGCCCUUCUGGCCCCGGGGCUCCUGCGCCCGGUGGCUGCCGGUGGCUCGGAUCUCGCCUGCCCGGACAUCGGUGACACCCGGCGCCUGUUCGCCGGUAGCCUUCUUGCGCAGCUUCUGCGCCGGGGAGCCGGCCACUGGCCCGAGUGGCUCGGCCUGGCCGAUCGCCUCCUCCCUCUCAUGACGCCAGAUGCAUGUGCUCUGCUGAUUGAGGCGGCCUUCCUGGGGGACCCUACGGACGCCGGGAACUCGGGCGCCCCGCCGGGGCCGGCAACGGCCGCGACCGUGGCGCUUGCCCCCCCGGCGAGCUGGUGGUCUCUGGUCGCCGACAUUUGCACCCGGUGCCUGGCUCUGCCCGAUUGCAGUGCUGCCCUGCGGAGCGCGUGCCUGACCACGCUGGCACGCGGCGCGCGCGCCCAAUUGCAUGCCUGUUCCCUGGGCCAGGCCGAGGGCCCACUUGUCUUCCCCCUCGGGAGCGAUGCUCUGCUGGGGUACCUCGAGCAGACGGCCAGCCAGGACGGCGCCCCGAAUCUCGACCCCUCGCUGCCUACCCUGCUGGCACUGUUGGACUUGAGCCACCUGCCCGGGCCACCGAGCGAAGGCCCGGCCUACAGCCCGGCCCUGCCGCUCCUGUGCCGCUGGCUGCUCAUCCAAAGCAGCCUGACCCCGGGGGCCGGGCCUUUCACCUGGCUCCUGCCGGUGGUCGACACCCCUGCCCUCCCCCCGAUGGCGGAUGCCCUAACCUCGGGCCAUGUGUCCAGCUCGUGGCUGGCGCCGGCCCUUCUCACACGGGAUGCCGGCCGAGCACGGGCCGACCGGCGCGCCGCCCGGGCCGCCCCCUCCCCGGGGUCCGAUGCGGCACUUUCCCUGUCGUUCAUUGGGCUUGGUGCGUGGGCCUCGCCGCGGCCCACUUUCGCACGCGCCCCACAGGCUAUGCCGCCACCGGGGCCCGCCUCUCCGGAGGAGUCGCCGGUGCAUGUGCGACAGCCGUUGCUGAGUGCACGCGAGCGGCUGCUCCGGCAUUGGCGACAUUUGGCCGAGGCGCCGGGAUCGCCGGCAGUGCGUCUGCUGGCCGCCGGUCGCCGGCUGUCGGCCAUCCCGCCCUCCAACCCGCUGGAUGCCCGCCUCGGCGUCGGCCUGGGUCAGGCUUCCCUGGCGGCCGCUUGGCCGCGGGGCCGGGCCCGGCGCCGGGAGCCCCGGCCGCCGCCAGCCGCGCCGCUGGCCCAGUCGCCGGCCGCCGUCGAAGGUGACUGGCGCCGCCCCACCAGUCCGGCCGAGGUGGCCCAACUGCUGGUGGCCAUGGCGGCCCGGAGCCCCGGGGUUGGCCUGGAACUGGGCCUGGAUGUGCUGGGAUUCGGGCUCGCCACAUCCCCGGCCCUCGGGCACCCGGUAUCCGGGCCCCCGCCGGGCAAGGUGCUAGCGGUGCGGUCCUCGGCCGCCGGGCCCGGCCGCCCGGCAGACGGGCCGCCAUCCGCCGGCGACACGGCUCGCGCCCUCAGGGACCUGGAAGCCCGGGUCCCGGCGGCCGGCAGCGCUGCCUGCCCUGCAUGGUCGGCCGAGCAGCUGGUGUAUGGGCGCCUGCGCGCGGUCUUGACGGCGGUCGCCGCGGCCGGAGCCCAGGGCGGCCUCCAUGUGCGCCUUCUCCUGCCGGACGCCCUGGCCGUGCUGCAUGUGCUGCUUGCGUCGCGAUUCGGCCUGCCUGCCGACCCGGAGGCGCUUCAGCUGCUGGCGGAGCGCCUGCCAGCCACGCAGGCUCUGGUACUGAUGGUUCUCGAGCGCCAGGCCACCCUGCUCAUGUGGGCGGGCGAGCCGUCCCUCACUGACGCCGACGAGCCGGAUGGCAAGGGCCCGGCUCCGGCGCCCGGCUGGACUCGCAGCGAUCUCCAGGCUGGCCUGCGGCUCUCGGAUGCCACCUUGUCCAUCGCCAGCCUGCGGGGCAUGCUCCUGGCGCGGACGUGGUCGGCAUUGGCACAUGUCUAUGCCCUUGGGCCCUCAUCGGCCCUGUCGCGGGCCAUCAUUUCCGGUCGUGUGGCCGCGAAGCCGGGCCCAGCCGGGCCACCGGCACCGGCGCUCGACUCGCCGAGACUCCGGUCGACAGGCCGCCGCACAGGGCGGAACGGAGCCCCCGCCGCCGCCGCCGCCGCCGCCGCCGCCCCCCGGCAGCUGGCCGUGGCUCCGCUCGGCCUGCGCCUGAAUGACGGCGCGGCGCUCCUCCCGGGCGAGGGGGGUGCCGGGAACCAUGCGCUGCCCUUGCGCGGGUUCCUGGCCGAGGCAGCUUGGGACCUGCCGGCGGCGGAGGCCGUCUACGCGGCGGCGGCGGCGGCCUCCCACUCGCUGCCGGAUCCGGCCGACGCCGAGCUCCGAAGCCUGUCGCUGGAGGCGCUGCGCUCGAUGGAGGGCCCGGCGGCGUGCGAUCCGGCCGCCGACCCGGCCGGCUGGUGGAAGCGCCGCGGCCUUCAAACCCAGGCACGCCUCGGCCACUGGGGCCACAUCGCACAGACCGGCCACCGGCGUGGCGGUGCUGGCAGACCGCCCACGGCCCUGGCGCUCCUCGCUGCUAGCGACCAGGAACGGCUGGAGUACCACGCCGCGGCCGUGGCUCGGACUUGGACAUAUGCCGACAUGCGCUACCAUGCGGCGGCCGCCGAUCCCCAGCUCCGGGCCGUGUGCCUGCUGCUGCUGGCCCCCCAUGCGGCGGCCGCCGAAGCCCAGGCCCUGGCCCUGGCCGAGGAGCCCCUGCACGCGGAACCCGGCCCCCCCCCAACCGGCGACCUGACUACCAUGGCCCGGGAUCUGAGCCGAUCGCUGGCGGUCGAGCGCACGGCGGCCGCCCUGCUCCAGGGCGAUCCCACCCAGGCUCGGGCCCUGCUGCUGUCCAGCUACACCCGAUCGGCCUCGCUGUUCCGCCUGCAUCCCGGGCUGCGAUUGGAGGCCGGCCGAGCGACCGACGAGUUCCGGCUCUUCCCCGGCGGGGCGGCCGAAGCGGUCACCUCCUCGCAAGCGGCCUUCGAGCUGGAGGAAACCCUUGAGACGCUGGCCCUGCUGCAAGCGCGCCCGGACCCGGGCGCCGCGCGUGCCCUGGUGCAGCACCUGCUUGUUCGCUGGACCGGGCGCCUGCCAGCAGCCGACGCAUGUGUCGGAUCGGUCUGGCGCCCGCUUCUCCAUGGCCGCACCCAGAACUUCAGCCUGCUCCUGGAUGAGCUGGCCCGCACCGGCCUGGCCACCCGCUCUGGCAUUGCAGCGUCGCUGCAGAAGUCCUUCAUCGAUCUGACCCGUGGAUCGCUCCUGUCGGCCUCGCAUGCGGCUCUGAGCCAGCAGAAUUGGCACAGCGCCCUCAACACGCUCGGCCUCUAUGGCAGGCUGCCCCCGGGCCCGGCCCCCCCGGAGCGCCUUCCCUCCGGGCUGGACCUCCGUCAGACCCAGUAUCAUGCCCUGCAUGCGCUGGCCUCGGUGGCUAGCUUGCAAUCGGCCCAGUUCCUCGCUCGCCUGGGAGGAGCCCCCUCCGGCCGGUAUGGGGAGUUGCUGACGGCCGCUGGCCGGGCGGCCUCCCAAGCGCGUGUCUAUGUGGCGACCUUGCCCGGCCAGCCGUCCAACGGGGAUGCCCCGCUGCCCAUCGCGGACCGGGCGACCCGUGCCCUGGUGGUGGCCGCCACCGCUCAGCUGGUGUCGCAACUGCAGGGCCUCCAUCGGGCCGCCGGGCUGGCCGCACCACCGGCCGCCACGCAGCUUGAAGCUCUGCUCCACCGGACGCGGCUGCUGGAUGCGCCGGGUGCCGGGUCAGCCAGUCGUCCGGCCACCGCGCAAUCGCAAUUCCUGAUGAUCAUCUAUGGCCUCUUCGAGCGGGCCGACGACAUGCUCGGCUGCCCGGCGGCGCCAGACAACCAGGCCCCGAUGGCCGGUGGGUCUUGGUGGCUGUCCGCCCGCCUGGCCCGGGCGCGCGUGCGCUUGGCAUAUGCGGCCUUCUGCGAUCGGGCCUUGCGGCAGACGACCGCCAGCUCGGCAGCCACUCCUGCCGCCGGCCGGGCGGGCGCGCCUGGGACUCGGAGAAAUCUGCACGCCCGCCACCGGCAGCUGUUCGCCGCGGCCUGCAUCACCCAGCUGCUGAAUGCCAUGGUCGAAUGGCCAAGUGUCCAGACCGCCGAUCAUCUCCCCCGAGUGCUCGACCUGAUGGCCCUCUUUGCUGAUGAGGGUGAAAGCGCCUCCGGACAGGCAGCCAGUCCGGCAGGCCUGCUCCUGGCAUUUGCCCAGCGCCCGGACUUGCAAACAUGGCCUCUGACACGCUGGGUAUCGCAGGUGGUGGGCCGGCUGCAGCCUCGGGCCGGGGGCCCGGGCGAGCGCGCCGCUCUGCUGGCCCUUCUCCGGCGCAUUGCGGCGGACUUCCCCGAGUCCGUGCGGCUCCCCCUGCGGGUGACGCUGGAGCACUUGCGUCAGUCGAUGCUCUUUUCGAGUAAAGAUUUGGCCGAGCUGUCGGCCCUUUCGAGCCAGCUUGACCCAGUGGAUCAUGACCCGUGGACCAGCCAGCUGGACCUGCUCACGAAUCCCGAACAUCGGCUCAAGGACCUGGCCAUCGGCCUGCAUGGCCUGCUGACCGCGCACCAGGCGUCCCUCGAGCGGGUUGUCCAGGCCCAGGCUCCCGGGGGCCGGGCCUUGUCCGACGACCGGACGGACUUCUCGCACCACAUCAAUGUGGCCACCCGGCUGAACCGACGCCUCGGCCAGAUGCUCGAGCAAUUCCGCGCCGGAGCCGGACCGCAGAAAGCCGGCCGACGUGCUGCCUCGGCCGAUCGGUCUUCCGAUGAGUCCAUUCAUGCCGAAUUUUUCCUGCUAAACAAGCGCCGAUUGGUGCCCGCGCUCGAUGGCAUCACGAGCCUUCUCCCACGUCGGCAUUCCAUGGCCGUAAGUUGGUCCCAUGCGCCCCUGCCUUUGCCAUAUAUUGCCACACACAAGGGUCUGCAUGAGCUCCGACAAUUUGUGAAUGAGGUGCUGCAGGCUUCGCGCGAGGCCCGGCCGGUUGCGAUUCCGGCCGGUCGGCAGAAUUCCCUGGACUACUUUGCCCCCGGGCUUCGGCGCCUCUUCGCCGUGGGUGGUCCAGCCAGCGAGAAUCCCAUCACUUUGCCGGGACACGAGUCCCCGUGCGAGCAGAUCCCCUUCGCCGCCGCGCGUUGGACCAAUGUGGCGAUGGUGUCGACCGGCAGCGCGGGCGCGUGGCAGCCCCCUCGGGUGGUUGGCCUGUCGCCCGUGAUGGCCACACUGUCGUCCCUGCGCAAACCGAAGCGCAUCACCCUGCGCGCGUCGGAUGCCCGGUCCCACACGUUCCUGGUCAAGGGCGGGGAGGAUUUGCGCCUGGAUGCCCGUGUGCAGCAGGUAUUCAGCCUCCUCAAUCGGGUCUUGCUUGCCGGCGGCGGUGCCAGCGACAUGCCUGCCGGCAUGGUUGACAGCCCCGGCGUCCUGGGUGGGUCGCCUGGCCUGGGCGAGCUCCUGCGCACACCCGUCGACUGGCCGACCGAGUGGCCGGCCAGCUCCGGCGUGGUGGCCCCCUCGGAUCUGGGCCAGGCGCGCAUUCAAACCUACGCCGUUGUGCCCCUGACCCUGCAGCUGGGGCUGAUCCAAUGGCUGCCUGGCACUCGCACUCUCAAGUCCCUGAUUUAUGAGCAGGCCCAGAAACAGGCGGACAACGCGCUGAAGUCCUACAGCGCCUUCGUCGAGCAGGGCGACCCUAAUAGUGGCUAUCUGACAGUGUACGCCCGGCCAACCGAGGAGGUCCGUCGGAACUUCGAGCACACGGCUGGCGGUUUCAUCCCGGCCGGGACCCUACGCUCGGCGGUCCUCUUUGCCGGGGCCCCCUCUGCGGUACGCGUGCUCGCCCGACGGGCAGCCUUCUCGGCCAGCGCGGCGGCCUGCUCGGCCGCCGGCUACCUGAUGGGGAUCGGGGACCGGCACUCGGACAACCUGCUUGUUGAUCCGGCUUCUGGCCGGGUGAUUCCCAUUGAUUUUGGCCACGCCUUUGGCAGCUCGACCAUGCUGCUGUCCUUCCCGGAGUUGAUUCCCUUCCGGCUGACACGCCAAAUGAUCAAUGUCCUCUCGCCGCAUGGCACGCAUGCCCUCUUCGAGCCGGUGAUGGUGGCCCUGCUGGAUGCGUGGCGCCGCGCGGCGCCAAUCAUCUCGGCGGCCUUGGCCGUCUUCCAAACCGAGCCGCUGCCCUUCCUCCAGUCGCUUCUCGGCCUGGGAGAUCGGGCAGCCGGCGGCGGCCCCGGGGAUCCCACGCGCGGGGCGCGCGCCCGCACGCUGCUCUUCCUGGCCAUGGCCAAGCUGUCGCUGGCUCACCCGGCCUUCGUGACGGCCGUCGAACUAAGCCAGUCGGUGGUGCGUACACGGGCACCGCCCCGCGGGUGGCCAGCCUCCCUGGGCGCCCUGCCCGGGCAGGGCGCCUCCCCCGGGCUGGAGGGCGAUCCGGUGGUCCGGCAGAUGGUCGCCUGCCUGGCCGGCUUGCCGGGGGAUGUGCGCACCCGGCCGGGCAUCUUUGCCGGCCAGCCCUCGGCCGCCGAUCCCACGGCCGCCGAUCCGGACAAUCCCUUUGGCCCGGCGUUCGCCUUCUCCGAGCUCUUCCUGGACAUCGUCGGCCAGUCGGCCGGUAGUGGCCAGGCCCCGGCCACCGCCACCGGCCGGCACCUGAGCGCCCUGCUGGCGGACCCGCUUGUGGCUGACACACUGGCGGCCGCCGGCUACCCGGUGGCCGGGAGCGGUGCGGCCACCGCCGCCGCCGGUGCCACCCCGUGCGAGGGGCUGGACCAGUCGGCCGCCGACGCGGCCCUCAUCCGGUGCUCCAGCACCGCGGCCCAGGUGGCCUGCCUGGUUGAGCAGGCCACCGACCCGGCCAUCGUCGGGCGCUGCUGGCGCGGCUUGAUGACCUGGCUCUAAAAAUGGCGGGGGGGGGGG